AUGUCGGCAAAGGUUCGCCUGUGCAACGCCAUGGCAGAGGCCGUCAAGGAGCUCGGCUACCGCGGUGAGAUUGGCUACGCCUCCAUCAUUUACACCCACGAGAAGGAGAUCCGGGAACUGUUUGUCUGGCUCACCUCCCACAUGCAGGAGGUUGGCGGCGUGGCGCCCGAGGCUGCACAGGCCGCGCCCGAUCCGGGCUCGGACUCGCGGGCCCAGCUGAUGAGGGCCGUCAAGUCGCGGGUCAACGCUCUUGUCAAGCGCGAGUCGUGGCGCUCGCCGCGGCUCCCGCGCCGGGCGUCGAUGGUGCAGCGCGGCUCGGGAGCGACGUUUAAGGUUGCCACCGCGCGCCUCUACGCCCCGGGCCGGUACAAGGGCAAGAAGAACGCCGCCGUCCUCCGCUACCUCCGCCGCUACCUGCCGCUGGUCACUCUCCAGCCGCCGGACACCAUGGACGUGGCGCCGUCGAUCAUGGAGGACAAUGUGACGCAGGUCCUGCAAAAAGCUGACGUCGAGAACGAGUGGAACACCGCCGGCCUCGAGUCGGGCCUCACCCAGGCCCAGUACUGGGCGACCAAGAAGCAGGCGCUCAUGUCCUCGUUUGCCUCGGACAUCCACAAGGCGGUCCUCCUCAAGAAGCCCUCGCUCGAGUCCGAGUCCAAGGGCGCGCUCCGUGCCACCCACCAGUCGCUCUUUGUCCUCUCCUCCAUGUUCAAGACUGGUAAGUCGAACCCGGCGCAGGCCGCCGUUGCCAAGGAGGCCGACGCCGAGCCGGUCGAGACCGAGGAGCAGGUCGCCGCCAAGCGCGCCGCCAUCCUCUCGGACCUGCAGGCCGAGGAGGAUGAGCUCUCGUACAACAUCUCGGACGCAAACCGCCGUAUUGCCGCUCUUGAUGCCGAGCUGCACACGCUGCAGGAGCGGUUCAAGACUGAGGUGGCCAAGAAAAAGGAGCUCGAGGCUGCGUACAUGUUUGAGAAGCGGGUCUUUGACGCCCUGGAUGACCCCGAGCCAGCCAUCGCCGAGCUCACCGCUAAGGUCGCCGCCAUGCGCAAGGCGCUCGUCGAGCUGGCCGGGAAGUGGGAGCUCCGGCGCGCCCCGCUUGUGGCCAAGAUCCGCGAGCUCAAGUCGGGCGAGGGUGACACCAUGAUCGAGAUCAACGCGCUCAUGGGCGCCAUCCGCGACAUCCGCGACGCCAUGAAGGGCGUCAUGGACGAGGGCCGCGAGCAGGAGGCCAUCUACCAGGGCCUUCUCGCCGAGUACAAGGCCCUGCCCAAGGACAUCACCCGCUCGCACUACACCAAGCGCAUCCUCGACAUUGUGGCACAAGUCCGCAAGCAAAAGGUCGACAUCGACAAGGUUCUCAUCGACACCCGCGCCCUCCAGCGCGACAUCAACACCGUGACCGAGAAGCUCAAGCGCUCGUUUGCCAUCACCGACGAGCUUAUUUACGAGGACGCGCCUAACGACAAGGACGCCAAGGCCUCGUACCGCGCCCUCGCCUCGCUUCACUCGCGCUUUGACGAGCUCAUCGAGACAGUCCGCUCCAUCGGCCAUCUCGGCAACGAGAUCCGCGACCUCGAGGCCAAGCACGCCAAGCUCGCCGACGCCAACGCCUCGCUCCAAGUCGAUCGCCUCGAGGCCGACUAUGAGGCCAUUCGCUCCGAGAACAAGCAGCUAAUUGCCCGCCUCAAGGCCAUCGCCGAGGGCCUCGACGACCCAGGCGCCAACGCCGACGAUGACGCCGAUGCCGACGACGACGAGUACGACGACACCGACGCUGACUACGACGAGGUGGAGUACGAGUACGAGGAGGUCGAUGACGAUGAUCUCUUCGCCGCGGGCGACGAUGCCGACGACGACGCUGACGAUCCCGACGGGGACGACGACAGCGACGAGUAG